AUGGCAGAAUCAGAACAAGCUUCUCUUCGUCAAGUAGGGAAAGGAGCAAUUGGCAGAGUUUUUAAAGGAAGCAUUGCUGAUGCGUUCAACCGAAUUUCGCAACCAUCAAUACCGACUCCGAAUGAUAAGUAUUUGAGCCCGAAGUCAAGCGUAGAAGCUUUUGGGGCUUGCGCUGAGAGAUUUGCUAGGGAUGUCUCAAAAAGUCCUGGCCCAGGGGAUUAUACAAUGACUCAAUCAGAAAGUCCGUCAAUGAGCAAAAAAGGCUACGGAGGGUUAGUGAAUCGAACAGCAAGGUUUAAGAAGUUCCAAUAUAACACGCUUGCCCCUGGGCCAGGGUUUUAUUCAGUUCAAGCUGCGGCAAAUAAAAUAUUAUUUUAAACUGUUUUCAACAGAAUCGAUUUAUUUUUGAAUUAAUUCUUUAUAAAAAAUAAAUUAAAUUUCAUAUAAUUUUUAAGAAAAUUUAUAGAGAAAAUUUUAAUAUAUUUUUUUUUUAAAACAAUUCGAGUACUUAAAUCAGUUCAAGCUCAAAAUAGCGAGAAAUCUAUAAGUUCAAUUUUUAUUACACCGAAAAAUGCUUCACUUAUUAGCAAAACAGAAUCUCCUGGGGUUGGGCAAUAUGACCCAGUCUAUCACGAUACAAUUUUGAAGAGUGGCUUUACGUCAGUGUUUAAAAGCAAAGCGAAAAGAAUGGAAAUCAGCAACUCUGAGUCUCCCCCUCCUUGAAAAUAUAAUACAGACAGUUUUGUGGAACAAAAAGAUCAGACCAAAAACUCCGCUGCAUUUUGCCAGCCAGUCAAUGCAAAGCGUUAUCCUAUUAAUUUAUAUGAUCCUCAUGGCAGAAUUACAGAUAGUGUAUCUCCUGGUCCUGGCGAAUAUGAAAUCAGCAGAGAAAAGUCAAAAGAUAAGGGGUCUUUUAUGUUUAUCCAAGGAGGAAAUGAUAGAUUCGGGAAGCCAAUUCACAGUAGAAAGCACGAAAUAAUAGUGCCUGGCCCAGGUUCUUAUGAGCCUUCUGAAAGUGUUCAUAAAUUUCCAGCAUCAAAUGCAGUGUUUAGAGAUGAAAGCGAAAGAAAGUUUUUUGAUUUAAAGCGAACACCAGGGCCAGCAUUUUACAGCCCAAAUCUUGUGCCAGCCAAAAAAUCAUUCCAUAUGAAUUUUUCAACAACUUGGGUAUAG